AUGUCACGUAACUACCGACCUCCUGUGAAGGAUUUACGAAGUAAGAUCAGCGGUCGGAAGCGCAGGUCUGAGGAUGUGCUGAUGAUUCAAGAGCCAAAACGAAGACGAACCGUACAUAGAAAAGGAAAAAAUAAUGCGACGCGGCCCAUUGAGUUCAAAGAACUAGAAAACAUCUGUACAAAUAGUGCUCCAGAAAAAUGCAUUUUAGAAUUGGCUGGUAAGGCUGAAAGGUUCGAAGCCCUCUUAGCUUCAGAAGAAAUAAGACCAGAUUUGUUGAAGCUCGUGAUUUCUGCAUGUCGUCUUCUUUGCUCAGCGAAUAACCUAAUGACCGAGAACGCAGAGAAGUUGCUACGCUCUCCUGCAGUGAAGAAGUUCAUGACAGGGACCGUUCUUUCAACUUUUAUCAACGAGAUGCCUUUUUCAGAAAUCUGUAAGGACGAAAGAGAACGUGUCACUGUGUUAAAUGAUCUAGCAGCAAUAUUUCUUGCGCUGCUUCAGAGGCUCGGUGAAAGCAUAGUGCACAGGUUGCCGCUUCCCCAGUUAAGUACCUCUAUGGAUGAGCUGAAAAAGAGGAAUCUCAUUGAAGACGCCAGCGAUCUUGACAAGAAAAUUCGACAAGUCAAUGAAUUGAAAGAUCAGGUGAUUCGGCGUGCAAAGUCGGCGUAUGAUCAGGAAUCGUGGAACGAGCCUCCGCAAAAUUUCAGAGAGCUUAGCGUCACUCCACAAUUGGCAGACCUUUGUUUCAGGCCUUUUCUUCGCGAAAACAUCACAGACAGAAAGUUUAGGGACCUGGAUCAUUAUCUUGACGUGCAGUUUCGCCUUCUGAGAGAGGACUUCGUGAUACCCCUUCGCGACGGCAUUAAACAUCUGACGAAGGGAAGCAACUUCUUGGAAACGAAUUCUGCAAGUAAAGUUGGGCGCACCAAUGACGUUUCUGAAUACCACGACGUCACAGUCCUGUAUCCCGUAUGCAGCAGGAAAGGUCUGGUCUACAGAAUCAUGUUUGACUUGUCGCAUCCAAAGGUAAGGCGAGUCAAUUGGGAAAGAUCCAAGCGGCUCAAGUUUGGUUCGCUGGUUUGCCUUUCCUCAGAUGAAUUCAACACACUUGUCUUCGCAACGGUGGAAAAUCGAGAUGCUAAAGGGCUCAAAGUCGGUGAAUUGGAAGUGCGGUUUGAAAACGUUGGCAUGGAAGAGAUAAACCAAUUCAUUCAGCAAGAAGAGAAGUUUGUCAUGAUAGAGUCACCUGCUUAUUUCGAAGCUUACAGACACGUAUUGGAGGCAUUGAAGGAGAUUAAACCUGACGAAUUCCCUUUCCAGAAGCAUAUUGUUGAAUGCUGUCAGGACGUUGGUCCUCCUGAAUAUCAAGUCAAGAAAGAAAACAGCAGUGCGUUCACGUUUAACUUUGCUGAUAUCCUAGUUGCGAGAACGCCAGCAAAUCCAGAAAAUCCUGUUUCAUAUCAACAUCAGGAGCCCCCUUCUCCUCCUGUGAUGGUGCUGGAUUCAAGUUCACGAGAAGGUCAGACAGAAAGCGGCAAUAAUGAGGAUCGUUCAACUGGCAUGGACGUUCCAAUGGACCAGGAGAUACCUUCAGCUGAAGUCAAACAAGAGUUCAACGUCUAUAAUUGGCCCGACAACGAAAGCCUGGGCUUUAAUGAAUCGCAGAUGCGCGCGUUCAAAAUGGCGCUGACCAAAAAGCUUGCUGUUAUUCAAGGGCCGCCAGGGACUGGGAAGACAUAUGUGGGUUUGAAGAUUGCACGUGUACUUUUACAGACAGCCUCGCUCUGGGAGGACGAGGAAGAACGGUCACCAAUCUUGAUGGUGUCUUACACGAAUCACGCCUUGGAUCAGUUCCUGGAGGGGCUUCUGCCAGUGACAAAAGGUGAGAAAAAAAUACUAGGCUACACGAUUGGCUUAAAAACCUCGCGCCACUUUUUCAUCCAAUCAGAAGUAAAAGCAAAUUAAAACCAAUCGUGACUCGCUCGCGCACGUUUCCCGCGCUUCGCAUCAGUGGAUUGCCUGCGUCCUUUUUGAUAGGCCACAAUGAUUACUUUGGUUUCGGUUUAACGAUACUUGAUUGAAAGCCGCUCUAUUGAUCUAUAAACAACACGUACGCAGUCUGAUUGAUAACGGCAAGUUUACCAAUAGUCGGCAAUAGUCACUGGUUGUGUUGAAAAAAAACGGAUCAACAUAGGCUGUUGUGCUCGACUCUAAUAUUUUCCAGAUGAAAAUUUGGUAAUUAUAGUUGGACGAUUGGAAUGUCAGUGGAAAGACUAUUUUUGCUUGCUCUAAGGGAAGAUUUCCAAAGCAAAGGAAUCUUCUCGAAAAUUUCCAUGUUGUCAUUUAAUGGGCACUAUCAUGAGCCAAAAGCCAAACGACGUUUUUACAUCAAACGAAAGGCCUUAAAAUAUGUGCCAUAAGUGUCUUGUUUUGUUACGAAUAAUCAUUCUAGCGCACUGAAGCUGCCAGAGUGGUGUUAUCAUGAGUUACAAAUUGAAAAGGCACCAAGUCAGAAUUGUGGCACCGUUUUGUCCAAAGGUCUAGCAAAAUUCCCGUGAUAGUGCCCGUUUAACAACAAACAAACUAAGCGUAAAUCAAGAUAAAAAAUGUAAAUGUUUUUGUAAUAUGCGCGGAUAAAAUGUCAAAAAACCAGACCUUUCGAGGCUGCUGACUCUUUAUCAGUGAUCUGAACAGCUGAAAUUAAGAUGUGUUCGCGUCAUAACAAAACAAACAAUGAAACUUCACUUGAGCGUGCUGACUUUACACUGAAAGAGAAAAAAAGUACUGCAUUUACAUACUUUAGUACAGUUUCAUUACUGACUUACAAUAUUUACAACUUACGUAACAAAGUAACUGCGAACAAACGCAUUAAAAUGAUAUUUAAAACUAAAUUGUACUAACAUUGCUUUCUUAUAUAGCAGAAAUGCAUUCAGAUCACUGUUAAAGAGACAGCAGUCUCGAAACGUCUAGUUUUUUGACAUUUUAUCUACGUAUAUUACAAGGACAUUUACAUUUUUUAUGCGACUUUUGGAAAUCAAGAUAGUUCAGGAAGAAAGAAGUGGCACUGACGAUUUAGUUUCUCACAAUGCAAUCGUGCAAUUUCUUAAUAAGAUACGAGUGACAGGGUUUUCCCUCUUCGUUAUAGAUAUUGUUCGUGUUGGUAGCCGCAGCAGAAAUAACAAACUCGACGUCGUGUCGUUGAAAUAUCUUCAGAGAACAAUCCGUCGAAACAGAGGGGUUCCAGACCAUAUUUUCAGAGCCAGGAUACAAGCUGAGUGGGACACUGGAAAGCAAAGGGAAUUUUUUGAAAGGUCUACCAUGUUGCUAAGAGCCCUGAGAACAAGCAUAGUGUCCAUGAAAAUCCUUGGUCACCAAGAUUACAUGCUACGGGCACAUCACACACAGUUCUCGGAGAACACUAGCACUAAGCUAAGAUCAAUUGAUGACACACUUCUUCAUUGGCUUGAAAUCGAAAGGAAUCAGCAUAAAGAAGAAGAUCAUUUCGAUGAUUUGGAGGAAUUUUCAGCACCUGGAUAUGUCUUUGAUGACAUCCCAUCGGACGACAAAGACCUCGACGGUCCUACAAUUCAAGUAGAAGCUCUCUCAGUCGAAGAUGCUGAGGAUCCUCAGUAUGUGAGAAAAAACCUCACAAAUGAAGAAGUCAUGACGGAAGAAGAUGAGAUGUAUGUUGAUGAUAUUUACCGUUUGAAAACAGAGGAUCGUUGGAGACUUUACAAACUGUGGCUGCAAAGGGUGAAAGUCUACCAUCUUAAGCUUUUCCAAGCUAGACAGGUCGAGUAUGAACAAGCAUUUCAACGAGAACAGGAGGUAAGCAGAAUGGAAGAGUUCGAUAUCCUUCGCAGGGCACGUGUCAUUGGCAUGACAACCACGUGCGCCGCCAGAUACCGCCACAUUCUCCAGAAAAUCUGCCCCAAGAUAGUCUUAGUUGAAGAAGCUGCUGAAGUAUUGGAGGCUCAUAUUAUUACCUCAUUGACGAAGGGAUGCGAGCACUUGAUUUUGAUUGGUGAUCAUCAGCAACUGAGACCCUCCCCAGCCGUCUAUGAAUUAGCCAAGAAGUACAAACUGGACGUGUCGCUGUUCGAAAGAAUGGUGAAUGUUGGAGUUCAGUGUGAGAGGCUGUCCGUUCAGCAUCGCAUGAGACCUGAGAUCGCUGCCUUGAUGAAACACAUCUACGACGAUCUGGAAAACCACGAGUCAGUGAAGAAAUACGAAGACAUCAAAGGAAUGAAGAAGAACAUGUUCUUCAUCAGCCAUAACAAUUUAGAGAUGUCCUGCGAUCAGACGCACAGUCAUGUCAAUGAGCACGAGGCUAGGUAUCUAGUGGCGCUGUGUCAUUAUUUACUACAGCAAGGUUACAGAGCCCAUCAAAUAACACUUCUGACAACCUACAUGGGACAGAUGUUUGCCAUUAAAGACUGCCUCGCAGAGGAAGACGAUGAAACGUUGAGAAGUGUCAGACUGACGACAGUUGACAACUUUCAAGGGGAAGAAAACGACAUCAUUCUUCUUUCGCUGGUACGCAGCAACAAAAGCGAGAAAGUUGGCUUUAUCAAGAGUGUGAACCGCGCAUGUGUGGCGCUCUCUCGGGCCAAGAAGGGUUUCUAUUGCAUUGGAAACUUUGCUUUUCUCUCUAAACACAGUGACAUCUGGAACAAAAUUGUAGCCGAUUUAAAAGAGAGUGGUAGCAUCGGAGACGUCUUGCCCCUUGUUUGUCAAAUCCACCAUGAUGAAUUCACAGCUGAAAGAGCUGAAGAAUUCAAAGUGAAAGCUCCGGAUGGAGGAUGCCAGCGGCCAUGUCAAGUACGUCUGAGAUGCGGUCAUACUUGCAGACAGUUAUGUCAUCCACGCGACACCGAGCAUUUGGAGUAUUGCUGUGUGCAGCCAUGCAGCAAGAAAAUCAAGGGCUGUGAACACGACUGUCCAAAUCUUUGCUGGGAAGAGUGUGAGCGACAUUGCCGAGAACCGGUCAUGAAAAAGCUACCAGUCUGUGGUCAUAAUGCACAGGUGAGGUGUGAUACGAUUCCAUGGAUGGUGAAAUGCAAAGUAAGAUGCGAGAAAUCUCUCUCCUGUGGCCAUCAGUGUCAAAGCUACUGUGGAGUCCCAUGCACCGAAAAAUGCCAAGAGCUUGUUAAGAGAACUGACUGGCCAUGCGGACAUGGAGCCACAACCGCCUGUUCGGCCACUCAAGCAGAUUGCGGUGUCCCUUGUGAAGACAAGCUGGAAUGUGGUCACAAGUGCUCUGGUACUUGUGGAGAGUGUCGCAUGGGUAGAGUUCACAAACGCUGCAAGCUGAGGUGCGGUCGUCCUCUGAUUUGCUCUCAUGUCUGUACAGAAUUCUGCCGAAUGCCGUGUCCUCCAUGCAACAAGAAGUGUGAAAACUAUUGUGUGCAUAACAGUUGCGACAAAAGGUGUGGAGAUCUGUGCGUUCCUUGCAGUGAAAAGUGUGCCUGGGAGUGUAUCCAUUACAAGUGCAGCAAAAAAUGUGGUGAGCUGUGUGACAGACCGAUCUGUGACGAGCCUUGCGACAAAACUCUGUCAUGCCACCACAAUUGCCGUGGUUUGAUGUGCGAACAGGAGUGCAUUUGUACCGAGUGCAUGAAAAAUGACGACCACGACCCAAUUACAACUAUCUUUUUUGGUACAGAGCAAGAUGAAGGCGCCCGGUUUCUCCAGCUUCCAGACUGCAAGCAUAUCUUCGAAAAGAAAGGCCUGGACAGGUAUGAAUAACUUCAAUCUAAGAAGCGAGUGAACAAUAUAACAUAGCUAGCAGAGCCGCGCAAUCAAAUUCAGCGUACGUAAGCGUGUUCAAAAUCCCGAUAGUGCACGCUGAUAGCGAGAGCAAAUCGCCUCGCCAGAAAUUUUUUUUUUCGCGCGAGGGGCCAUUGUUAGCGCGGGGAAAAAUAUUAUAUUUCGCGACAAUAAUGGAUACAAACAGAGACUUGGCCCACCAGUCCCAAAACGAAGACAAUUUUGCGACCUUUUCUCUUGGGCUAGAGUUCUUCAAUGAGGCAGAAAAAGAGAAAAACAACGGAAAAGGAGACUCGGCUUCCUGCGAACAAUCACUUCUGAUAUUGUUGUCCGUUUUUCGCGUCGGAUUUGAUGCACAAUUCCACCGGCUAUGUUAUAAAACAAUUGGUUCAUGCUUUUAGCUGUGCACUAUCGAGUUAUGGAGCACGUGGGAAGUUUGGAGAGCACUCAAGAAGCUAGAGUUGCCCUCGGCUAUCUCCUCGAGCAACUCUUACGCUUUUUUCGUGCUCUCCAAAUUUAAACCUCCCACGUGCUCCAUAACUCGAUAGUGCACGCUAAGGCAUGAACCAAUUGUUAAUUCGUAAAGACAAUCGAUCUUUCACACUUUUACACAUCCACAGUUUUAAUCGAAUGUUUUCAGUUAGUCGUAGCAAUAACAAAGCUGUGCAACUCCUUGUUAUCAGACAAGAGUAGCAACUCAGUUUAUGGAAGAGUGGGACAAGAGAGGGACCGCGAGAGUUUAUGGUGGCGUUUUGGGUGGAGCCAAAAAGUUGAAACCUUUUAAAUGCGGAUGACUUAGAAUAUAUAAACGCUUUUCGUAUCUCUUAUAUAAAAAUUAUAAAAAUUCAUGCACCAUGGAGACGUCCUUAGCCAAACCUAUUGCAAGGCUGGCAUUACUUCAAAACGGCAGAUUAAUUUUUUUUUUUGGUCGCUAUCUUAUUCAAGAGUUUUCUCCGUAUAGUCCGGUCAGUUUCCUCGCUGCUGAAAAACCAGCAUUUCCAAAUUCCUAUUCGAUCUGGAAAGACGGCCCGCACGAAAACCAGCUUAUAUAGGGCUGAUGUGGCUUUCUCUAGUAAUCUUUUGAUUUAUUUAACAUUGCAAUUACAAGGAGAAAAAUAUAAAAAUAAUCCAAUACUUUUCCGGUAUUCGUUUUUCCCUACUGUCUCUGUUGGACGUCACGCAAUCUUUUUCUCAAAGAGAUUAAAUGAGAAAGAUUGCGUGACGAGACAAGGAAAUGUCCAAAAAAUGCUAAUUCCUACCGGACUCCUACCUAAAGUAGCCACAGUUAAUGAAGUUAAAACGCAGUCAUACGCUUCUUAAUUAAUUUGUAUGACUUGCGCUUCUUCUUUAGUUACAUGGGGAUUUCAAAUGACGACACCGAUGUCUCGGAUGAAAGUCACCCCGGUGACAGUCACGCGGAUAUUAUGGAUGACAGUCAACUGAUCCGACUGAAAUCCUGCCCUCGUUGUAAGACUCCUAUCCGCAAGAGCCUGCGAUACGGUAACGUCAGUAAACAGCAGCUAAACGACAUCGAGAAAGUCAAAGAAAAAUUGUUGGGAAAAAAGAGUGAGCUGGAAGGGAAGAAAGAACGCCUCUCUGACCGUCACUUUAAUAUGCGUUCGAUGCUUGAAGAACCAGACUGGCAGAAACUGAAAAGAAGUAUUUUGAAACUGAAUUCGGAAUGGAUGGCUGCUGUCCUUGAAAACAAGUUGACGCUACUGGAACGUUUCUGUGACACAAGGAAGAAAAUGAAAAGCAUUCUGGGUAAAGUGUCCCGGGAGGUUUUGUCAGAGAAUAACUUGCAAGGUAAGUUUGAAUUCUAUUUGUCGAAGGUUGAACCGCUUGGCUAUGAACGUACUUUUCGCGGGGGAAUUUGGGCCACUUCCGCCGGACAAGUACUCCGAUCGGGGAUUUCUGCCACCCCUGUUGACAGACUCUCCGGUCAGGGAUUCGGGCUACGACCCUAUGACCCAGGCGAAUUUGUCAGUCGCAAAUCGUAAUAAUAAUCAAAUUGAACGAAAAAGACUCAGUUUGUAAGCAUUUUGACCAAAGGAGGACAGGUGAAGAGAGGGUGGGUGUACAGUUCUUUUCAAGAGAGCAGUGGGUGACCAAGAACUUUGGACUUUUAUCUCUGACCAACAAUUUUGAGACCAAUAUUCAGUUUAAAGGCACCUCUAACAAUUUCAGACUGCUAUUGAACAGUUUUUGUGGUCUCCCCGAUCAUGAGUACCUUUCAGCUGUCAGAAACGUGACCUCAUUCGUGUUGAAAAUCACAACAAGGUGUUACCGCGAAACGUGAACCGGGUCUACUCUUCUUCCUUGCUGCUCUCUUUUAUUAAACUUAACCUCUAAAUUGCUGUCAGGGCGAACUCGAAACCUGGCGGUUCCUUUAGCCCCUUGGCUCCCAUUUCUUUGUUACUUUCUUUAAUCAAUUUGUUAUGUAUAUAAUAAAAGUCUCCUAUAAUGAAUCUGUGCGAGUCAGUAAAGAUUAUUGUUAUUGUUAAUUUGCUUAAUAUAUACUUUUAACGACAGGCCAGCAAUUUGGAGAUGAGCUGUGCUACCUUAAGAUGCGCUUUAUGUCUGACGGAGUAACGCAUAGAGAACUACGAGACAUCAACACAGAAUUCUCUAGGCUCAAUCUCCUACUCGAGCUGUGUUUGCUGAUUCACGAAAUCAAGAGCCUGGCUCUAGAACUUGAAGAUUCUCCCCGCCAGAUGAUGACUGCACUACGGGAGAAACUGUCCAGCUGUAAGCGCAUAGAAGACGAAAAGUUGGAUGAAAUGAUGAACAGUCUGAAGGCUAUCAGGUAAGGAUUAUGUCUUUAAUUGCACAACAGCAUAAUUCAUAAAACGUAAGAACAAAUUAGCGGAUUGCGCGCUUUUUUGAAUUUACGGUAUACUCUUCCUUGACUUCUACACCACACUGAUUACCUAGACGGGAGUAGAUACUAAUACUAAUAAACAACUAACUUAAAACUAAGCACAAGCAAAUUACGGCUGGUUUUCACUUGUGCGUAAGCAUGAGCAUAGCCAACGUAUGUUGCUAACACUUGUGCUUAUGCGCUAGUGAAAACAAGCCUUUACUAAUAAUUUGCUUCACCAUUUACCAACUAAUAACUAACACCAUUACUAAAUUACAUCCAUAUAGAAAAGAAUUACAAUGCACAUUACAUUAUACAAUAUACCAAGCAGUUCAAUUAAAUAGCGAUAAGCAGUAGUAGUAGAUAAGCGCGGUCUGUACAUUACCACCUAACGGCACGAUAUCUUCUCGUCCGUACGACACUCUCACUGAAUAAGCUCAUAUUAUUUUGCGAUUCUAAUUCUUCGGUUUUAGGGAAUUUCCUGGUCUAUUUCUCCCUUUCUUUCACAUCUCCUUAGAUCCUUGUAGCUGUAGAUUAAGCAAACCACAACGGCAGCGGCGACGGGAACGUCGCUAAGCUGAAGUUUAAAGAGCGGAACAAUGGAUCAGUCCUGGUGCAUCCGUUUUUGCCGUUUUCUGAAAACAGCAACGUGAGAAGACCAAAAUCUGCAUAGAAUGGAAACCGUGAACCGCCACGGCCAUUUUCUUAAAAUUGCUUUUUCGAUUUUAACGCUGUCUUCUGAGAUAGCUCUGACAGUGAUAAAUGACUAGAUGAAUCUAGAUUAUUGCGAGAUUCUUAGCUUAAGUAUAAAUUCGAAUUCACUUUUUAACUAACGUUGUCCUUGGCGUCGCCGUCGUGGUUGCUUGAGCUCCUAUUCUUAAAGCAAGACGACGAUGGUGGAAGAGGAGGGGGUAAAUUUGGUCCAUCGUUUUCCUUGGAGACUAGUAUGCAAGCAAUCUUUCUUGCGUGUAGGUGAUGGAGUGCUCUCUCACCCAUACGAGAACGAGAGCUUGCUUGUAGGCUACUUGGAGAUUGAAACUGAAAGGAACUGCUGAUGGAUGCAGAUGGUUUGUUUUCAAUCUGGAUCACAUAUACAUGUUUUCCAUUUUAGACAAUCGCACCCCACAUUGGCUCCUUUGACUGAAGAGGAGAAGAAAGUGAUCGUGUCUGCGAUCGGACUGUCGAAAGGUCAUUGGUUUAAGUGCCCCAUGGGACAUAUCUACGCCAUAGGUGAAUGCGGCGGUGCCAUGGAGAGAAGCACUUGUCCUGAAUGCGGAGCUGUGAUUGGUGGAGCAAAUCACAGACUGGAAGAUGGAAAUGAGCUGGCCCCUGAGAUGGACGGCGCAAACCAUGCAGCCUGGUCUGAGCAGGCAAACUUACAAAAUUAUGAAAAUUUACGCGAUAUUGUUUAAGUUGCUCUGUGUUAGAGUUACCUUCUAGAAAACUGAUUUAAACAUUUUCUCCUUAGUUGAGUAGCAAAAAAAAAAAAUCAUGUUGCUUUUUGCAAAAGGAAAAUGGCACGUGCUGUAAGUUGAAUGGUAUUUUUCUGGUGACCGCCACACAAAGAAUAAUUAUUUCUUAUUAUUGCUACAAUUAAACAAAUUCCAUAAUGGUUUUAACCGUUACUACUUCAACUUAUUGAUGAUCAAGAACAUUUUUAUCUUAUCACACAUAUAGGACUAAUAAGGAUAUUUUUACAUUUCUGUUUUCUUAAAAAUGCAAUAUUUAAUAGAAUUAGAGUCCAGCUAGGUCAGCUAGACAGCAGAAAAAUAACUACAUAAUAAUAGCUACUAGUUGUGACUACAACUGCACGUAAAUAUUCGACUUGAGAUCGAAUUUCCAGGCAUUUAGUUUCAAAAAAAUGAGUUUGCUCCGAAUCACCAUUAUGUUCACGAGGUACAACCGUACAAAUCCUAUAAAAUCAAAAUCAAAUCAAUUUUAUUUAAGCUCGGGAACGUGAGGAGUGGUUGGCCAAUCUCCUGAGCCAGAAGCUCAUGUAUUAAACGUCCGAGCAUUCCGAGGAUCAGAGGCAUUUGGUUUAAUUUUAUUAUUUUUUACUUUCUUUUGUUUCGUUGUGUCAUUCGUUUUGUUUUGUUUUGAUAAUUGCACAUAAGAGUUUUACAACCUCUUUAAUGACGAAAUUACGUCUCCAAGGACGAACUGACUUUUCAUCUUGUAGCUGUCACUUGCCUUGCUUUCAAAACGAGGUCCCUCCAAAACCUUUUCUACAAGAUGAUUUCUAACCACAUGCUCGUUUCGAGGAAAUAGAACUAAUUUGGAUAUAAAAGGUUUUAUACGUCAUAAGGCAAGUUGGUAUUAACUGAUACACUGCAGGAUAAUUAAGUAAUGUGUUUGGUACG